UUUUUGAAGACAAACAAGAUGCUGCAUAGAACGCUGAGGCUGCUGUGCAUUGCUGCUGUUGUGUUCAGCAGCAUUGAAGCUAAAGGCAAAAAGGAAGAUUUUGGCACAGUGAUUGGAAUCGAUUUGGGAACCACAUACUCAUGUGUUGGUAUUUUCAAGAAUGGGCGUGUUGAGAUCAUCGCGAAUGACCACGGUAAUCGCAUUACUCCUUCAUAUGUGGCCUUCACGCAAGACGGUGAACGUCUCAUAGGAGAUGCUGCCAUGAAUCAUCUGACAACUAACCCUGAAAACACAGUAUUUGAUGCCAAGAGACUUAUUGGCAGAAAAUGGAACGACAAAACCGUGCAAAACGACAUCAAGCUCUUCCCAUUCAAGGUUAUUAAGAAGAGCAACAAACCUCACAUCAAGGUGGCCACUUCUCAAGGCGACAGAGUGUUUGCUGCAGAAGAAAUCAGUGCCAUGGUUCUGGGCAAGAUGAAGGAAGUUGCAGAGGCCUACUUGGGCAAGGAAGUGACGCACGCUGUCGUCACCGUGCCUGCGUAUUUCAAUGACGCUCAGCGACAGGCGACCAAGGAUGCUGGUGUUAUUGCUGGUCUCACUGUCAUGAGGAUCAUCGACGAGCCCACCGCUGCUGCCAUCGCUUAUGGCAUUGACAAGAAAGAUAGCGAGGAGAACAUCGUUGUCUUCAGUCUUGGUGGCGGCACCUUCGAUGUGUCUCUCCUUACCAUUGAUUCAGGUGUUUUCGAAGUUAAGGCCACGAAUGGUGAUGACCAUUUGGGUGGUGAAGAUUUCGACCAGAGAGUCAUGGGACACUUCAUUAAGCUGUACAAGAAGCAUGGCAAGGACAUCAGAAAGGAUAACAGAGCUGUCCAAAAGCUCCGACGUGAAGUAGAAAAGGCCAAGCGUGCACUUUCUGCCAGCCAUCAAGUGAGGCUUGAAAUUGAAUCUUUCUUCGAGGGUGAAGAUUUCUCCGAAACGCUCACUCGUGCUAAGUUCGAAGAACUCAACAUGGAUCUAUUCAAAUCUACCUUAAAGCCUGUGCAAAAGGUCCUUGAAGAUUCCGAGCUGCAGAAGAAGGAUAUUCACGAAAUUGUGCUCGUUGGUGGCUCCACACGUAUUCCCAAGGUCCAACAGCUAGUCAAGGAGUUCUUCAAUGGUAAGGAGCCUUCUCGAGGUAUUAACCCCGAAGAAGCUGUUGCCUACGGUGCCGCUGUGCAGGCCGGAGUUCUGUCUGGCGAGGACGAUAGCGACCUGGUUCUUCUGGACGUCACUCCUCAUACUCUGGGUAUUGAAACAGUCGGUGGGGUCAUGACGAAGCUCAUCAACAGAAAUACUGUUAUUCCCACCAAGAAGUCACAGAUCUUCUCGACCGCUUCUGAUAACCAGCACACUGUCACCAUCCAAGUUUUCGAAGGCGAGAGGCCCAUGACCAAGGACAAUCACGUUCUUGGCAAAUUCGAUUUGACUGGUAUUCCUCCCGCACCGCGUGGCGUGCCCCAGAUUGAAGUCACAUUUGAGAUUGAUGCUAACGGCAUUCUGCAGGUAUCAGCUGAAGAUAAAGGCACUGGCAACAAGGAAAAGAUCACCAUCACCAACGACCAGAACAGACUGACACCCGAGGAUAUCGAGAAAAUGAUAAAGGAUGCUGAAAUGUUUGCUGAUGAAGAUAAGAAGUUGAAGGAGCGAGUGGAUGCUCGGAAUGAGUUGGAGUCUUACGCAUAUAGCUUGAAGAAUCAGCUCAACGAUAAGGAAAAACUCGGCGCUAAGGUUACGGGCGACGAAAAGGAAAAGAUGGAAGGGGCCAUUGAUGAAGCGAUUAAAUGGCUGGAAGAUCACCCCGAAGCCGAGGCCGAAGAAUUCCAAGCUCAGAAGAAGGAAUUGGAGGACGUAGUUCAGCCCAUUAUUGCCAAGCUAUACCAGAGCACGCCACCUCCUGCUGGAGACGCCGGGGGGUCAGAGGACGAGGAUUUCAAGGAUGAAUUGUAAGGAUUAUAGUCUUGUAUAGUUAUUUGAAUGUUGUUACGUAACUUGAGCAAAGUUCAUAGGGUAAUUUUCUUUCGAAUGCAUGUUGAGACCACAUGUGACGAGUGCGCUGGGUGAUGUGCGUGUACAUACUCCGAUGUCAAAGUAGAGAUUCUAUGAGUCACUCACGGUUGCUCUUCAUCGUACGGAAUGUAUUUAUUUAUAGCUAGACAUGUAGGAGCAUCGAAAGUUUUGUAUUAGAGGGCAUUUCAUCAUGCUUCAUCUUCCAUUAUCUCAUCAACUUCAUAUGGAUUGUGACUCGUGCGUGAAUGUUUUGUAUUAAAUUUGUUGAGAAGAAA